CAAACACAAACCCCAAAUCAAAACCGCCAACCAAGUCCCACUACUCCCUGUCUCUUUUUCUUUCUAGGGUUUCUUAAAAUUCAUCCAAAUCCAGCUUCAUUUUUUCUUUAAGAAAAAUCAUUCUCUUCAAUUCAGGUAAUAGAUUGAUCGAUACUAGAAUUUUACUAGGUUUUUCGAUAUGGAUUCAAAGGAUCAAAGCAAUAGCAGCAGCAGUGGUGGUGGAUAUUUCGCAUCGUUUACUUCUCGAUUAUCUAAUUUAGGAACUGCUCUAGGUUUGAUGAGUGAUGAAGGAGUUGAAGUAAGAAAUUCAGAAGCAGGAGGUGCUGAAGAUUCAGUUGAGGUGAUUAAUCCAGAAGGAGGUACAGAGGAUUCAGUUGAAGAAGCUAACAAAGGAAGAUGGAAGCAAGAGGAACGUGAAAGUCACUGGAAGAUAAUGAAGAACUAUAUUGGCUCAGAUAUUACGUCAUUGGUGACACUUCCGGUUUUUAUAAUGGAACCAAUGAGCACACUUCAGAAAAUGGCAGAGAUAAUGGAGUAUUCUCACUUGUUAGAUCUGGCAGAUGAAUGUGAGGAUCCACACAUGCGGAUGGUUUAUGCUACUACAUGGGCUGUAUCAGUCUAUUAUGCUUUGCAGCGGACAUGGAAGCCAUUUAAUCCCAUACUUGGUGAGACUUAUGAAAUGGUCAAUCAUGGUGGCAUUACAUUCCUUGCAGAGCAGGUGUGUCAUCAUCCCCCAGUUGGUGCUGCACAUGCUGAAAAUGAACAUUUUACUUACGAUUUGACUUCCAAGCUAAAGACCAAAUUGCUUGGAAAUUCGGUUGAGAUCUAUCCUGUUGGAAGAACUCGUGUUACCCUUAAAAGAGAUGGUGUAGUCUUAGACUUGGUCCCCCCUCCCUCCAAAGCCAAUAACCUUAUUUUUGGGCGGACUUGGGUUGAUUCAGCGGGAGACAUGAUUAUGACGAAUAUGACUACUGGAGAAAAAGUUGUUCUGUACUUUCAACCUUGUGGAUGGUUCGGGGCUGGGCGGUAUGAAGUGGAUGGAUAUGUUUACAAUGCUGCGGAGGAACCCAAAAUACUGAUGACUGGAAAGUGGAACCAGUCAAUGAGUUAUCAACCUUGUGAUAUGGAAGGAGAGCCCCUUCCAGGAACUGAACUGAAAGAGGUGUGGAAAGUUGCGGAUGCUCCAGAAAAUGAUAAAUUUCAGUACACGCAUUUCGCACACAAGAUAAACAGUUUAGACACUGCACCCAAGAAGCUGUUGGCAUCAGAUUCUCGUUUACGUCCUGAUAGAUAUGUGCUUGAGAAGGGUGAUCUUUCCAAAGCUGGUUCUGCGAAGAGCAGCCUUGAGGAAAAACAGAGGGCUGAAAAGAGGAACAGAGAUGCCAAAGGCCAUAAGUUCACUCCAAGAUGGUUUGAAAUGUCCGAGGAAGUGGCAACUACACCAUGGGGGGAUCUGGAAGUGUACAGAUUCAAUGGUAAAUACAACCAACACCGAGAAGCAGCAGAUAUCUCAGAGGACACAAAUAUAAUUGAUAUUGAAUCGACUGAGUUCAACCCAUGGCAAUAUGGUAAUGUGACAACAGAAUGAGAUAUCAUGUUUCUUACGCAACCUUUGCUUAUUGUUAAUGCUGGUUUUCAGCAUCAACACACAUCCUCACACCAUUUAUAUGUAUAAAGUCUUGUAAUAUAUUUGUUGUGGAAUAUUGUUUUUCCUUUUCCUCCAAUCUUCAGAAAAACACAAUUCGAGAUUAAAUCAACAUUAUAAAUUUUGUAAGGGUCUCCUCUGUACUUAUCCAAUUCGGCAAAUCCACCCAACGGAUACUAUUACCAUUGC